AAGAACUUCAGCAGAGCUCGAUCUGAAACCCUAGCCAUGUCGCUUGUUGCAAAUGAAGAGUUUCAGCACAUUCUUCGUGUGCAGAACAUGAACGUCGAUGGAAAACAGAAGAUCAUGUUUGCAAUGACCUCUAUCAAAGGUAUCGGUCGUCGUUUUGCCAACAUCGUCUGCAAGAAAGCCGAUGUCGACAUGAACAAGAAGGCUGGUGAGCUUACAAAUCAGGAGUUGGAUAACCUGAUGACAAUUGUUGCAAAUCCUCGCCAGUUCAAAAUUCCAGACUGGUUUCUGAACAGGAAGAAAGACUACAAGGAUGGGAAGUUCUCUCAGGUGACAUCCAAUGCACUGGACAUGAAGCUGAGGGACGACUUGGAGCGAUUGAAGAAGAUCAGGAACCAUCGUGGUCUCCGUCACUACUGGGGUCUUAGGGUGCGUGGGCAGCAUACCAAGACCACUGGCCGCAGGGGAAAGACUGUUGGUGUUUCGAAGAAGAGAUGAUCUGGAAGUUGAAUCCCAUUGAUC